AUGUCGUUACAAUCCUUCCUCCAGUUCUUAUUAUUGCUUCUAUACAUUUCCUCCAUUAAUGGGUUCUCUGUUAAUCCUUCCGCAAAAGAAUCUUCUUCCGUGAUUCACUUUAAGAUGAUUCACAGACACGCUCCGGAGCUCUUGGGUGAAAAGAAGUUAACCCACUACGAUCGCAUCCAGGAACUCCUUCAUGCCGAUAAGCUUCGCAUGAACAUUCUCUCCCACAAACGCAAGCUCAGGGCAACAUCAUCAAGGAGAGAACUUCAGGGGGACGGCACUUCUUUCUCGUUUCCGUUGCUGUCUGGCGAAUCUACCGGUACAGCCUCGUACUAUGUACCGUUCAGAGUCGGCACUCCAGCUCAGGAAUUCCUGUUGUUGGUAGAUACAGGGAGCGAUCUCACCUGGAUGAAUUGCAGGUUCAGAUGUAAUGAGAACAACAUAGGGAGCCAUUGCAGUAAUCCAAAAGAUCAUAACUUAACAAAGCGAGCCUUCUAUCCCGAAAAUUCCCAAACCUUCAGAACCGUACCCUGCAACAGCACUUUGUGUCAACAAGGUUUCUUGAAUCUCAAUUCUAACCCCGAAAUGUGUCCGACGCCCAAUUCCCCUUGCAGCUACGAUUACCCUUACGCUAGCACGGAAGUAGCCCAAGGUGUCUACGCCUACGAAUCUGUGACCGUGAAACUGAACAAUGGUGUGGAGAAGCAGAUCCCUGACAUGUUAAUAGGUUGUACACGGGAGUGGAACGAUUCCUAUGGAAUGGGCAAAGCUGAUGGAAUCUUCGGUCUGGGUUUUAAUUCCCAUGGCUUCGUCUCCAAUAUCUACAAGAACUUUCAGGGGAAAUUCUCCUACUGCUUGAUGGAUCAAUACAAUACCAAGAAUCUAUCCAAUUACCUCACAUUCGGCAAUCGCAACCCCCAAGAGAUGCCUCCCAACAUGCAAUACGCCGUAUUGGGUACUAUCGGAGACCAUUUCGGAGUCACUGUGGAAGGAAUCUAUGUAGAUGGGGUGAAAUUGAACAUCUCUGAUGAGGUUUGGAAUAUCGAAAAGGGUGGAGGAAUGAUGGUUGAUUCAGGGUUUAGCUUGACUGCUUGGGUUCCAGUGGCAUACGAUCCCAUCAUAGCCGCCCUUGAGAAUCCAUUAAAAGGCAAGUUCACAAGUGUCAAGUUUGAGGGUUUCGAUUCAUGCUUCAAGGUCCCCCAAAACAACAACAACGCCACCAUGUACGAGUCGUUGGUGCCAAAAUUUGAGAUCCAGUUCUUGUCUGGGGUUCGAUUGAAGCCAGCAGUGAGGACCUAUUUUAUUGACGUAGACGAUACAGGGGUGAAGUGUUUUGGGUUUAAUCGGGCGCCGGAAGGAGACGCCUCUGGCAGUUCCAUCUCCAUCCUCGGAAAUAUUAUGCAACAGAAUCACAUGUGGGAGUUUGACAUUCUUGGGGAUCGAUUGGGAUUUGCUCCCUCUUCUUGUUCCCUUCUUGCUUAG